CGCUUUAUCAAAUAAGUGUUAGCUGGAUGCGGUUAGCUUGCUAAUCCGCUUUAUGCAGCAAUCGUUGCAAGCCGUGCCACUCCCUCGGUUUUGUUUUUGUCCAGUGUAGCCUUACGCUAAACGUCAAGUCCAGCUCGGCUCUGGAUGUGUUUUGUUUGGUUUGGGAAGUUUUCUUAUCCACCAGAGGCAUCAUGAGUCGUCGACUGCUGUGUGUGAUUAAUUGGUGACAUCGGUCCUGGCUCUCCUGUAUAUGUCGCACAUAAGUUUCGUGUUAUGGCUGUGUGUUUACAAGCAGCACAGGGCAGUGGAAGACAACGAAUCAGUGCCCUAAUAUCGCGUUAGAGCUGCUGGCAGCGGAUCCAUCGGCAGCUGAUGGCUGUUUUCUAUGCGCUGACGUGCUCAUGUGCUGACUUCCUCAGGCUCCCACAUAGCUGCAAAUGAGUCUUCAGCUGCUUUGGUGUAGCUCUGCGCCCAGAUAGUCCCAUCCCCUCUGUGCGGGCCAUACGGGACUGCGUAGACCAGGAUGCCUUCCUCUGCCAGGGCGGGCAGCCUGAAGGACCCGGACGUGGCCGAGCUGUUCUUCAAGGAAGAUCCAGAGAAGCUUUUCUCUGACCUCCGAGAGAUUGGUCAUGGCAGCUUCGGGGCUGUCUACUUCGCACGGGAUGUGCGAACGAAUGAGGUGGUGGCAAUUAAGAAGAUGUCCUACAGCGGCAAACAGUCUAACGAGAAAUGGCAGGACAUCAUAAAGGAGGUGAAGUUUCUCCAGAGGAUCCGACACCCUAACAGCAUAGAAUACAAAGGAUGCUACCUUCGUGAGCACACAGCAUGGCUGGUGAUGGAGUAUUGCCUUGGCUCAGCCUCUGACCUGCUUGAAGUCCAUAAAAAACCUUUACAAGAAGUUGAGAUUGCUGCCAUUACACAUGGCGCUCUGCAGGGGCUGGCGUACCUUCACUCCCACAACAUGAUCCACAGGGAUGUGAAAGCGGGUAACAUCCUGCUGACUGAGCCUGGCCAAGUCAAGCUGGCAGACUUUGGCUCCGCCUCCAUCGCCUCACCUGCCAACUCCUUUGUGGGAACGCCAUAUUGGAUGGCCCCGGAGGUGAUUCUAGCUAUGGACGAGGGCCAGUAUGAUGGGAAAGUGGACAUCUGGUCCUUAGGCAUUACCUGUAUAGAAUUAGCGGAGAGGAAGCCUCCAUUGUUUAAUAUGAAUGCAAUGAGUGCCUUAUACCACAUAGCGCAGAAUGAGAGCCCCACACUGCAGUCCAGUGAAUGGACGGAUUACUUUAGAAACUUUAUCGACUCUUGCCUUCAGAAAAACCCUCAAGACAGGCCGCAUUCUGACGACAUGUUGGGUCACGCGUUUCUCCAGCGUGAGCGUCCGGACUCCGUGUUGAUGGAUCUCAUUCAGAGAACCAAGGAUGCAGUUCGGGAGCUGGACAACUUGCAGUACCGCAAGAUGAAGAAGAUCCUCCUUCAGGAGGCUCACAAUGGGCCCACCACCGAAGCCCAGGAUGGAGAUGAGGACCUGGAGCUCGGCGGAGGUCGCACAGGAACGGUGAACAGCGUCGGCAGCAACCAGUCCAUCCCCAGCAUGUCCAUCAGCGCCAGCUCCCAGAGCAGCUCUGUCAACAGCCUGAACGAAGCGGCGCAGGACAGCCGCAGCGAGCUGGACCUGAUGGACGGAGACCACACGGUCAUGUCCAACAGCUCCGUGAUACACGUCAAACCGGAGGAAGAGGAGAGUCUCUCUGGGGAGCAGGCGGCCAGCAGUCAGCCCACCGAGCCCCAGCUAGCGCCGGCUCAGGCCCCGAGGAAGCACUACCGCAACAGAGAGCACUUCGCCACCAUACGCACGGCGUCACUUGUGACGCGCGAGAUGCAGGAACACGAGCAGGACUCAGAGCUACGGGAGCAGAUGUCGGGUUACAAACGCAUGAGGCGGCAGCAUCAGAAGCACCUGAUGGCCCUGGAGAACAAGCUGAAAGGAGAGAUGGACGAGCACCGGCUGAGGCUGGACAAGGAGCUCGAGAGUCUGAGGAACAACUUCACUCAGGAGAUGGAGAAGCUGCUGAAGAAACACCAGGCCGCACUGGAGAAGGAUCUGAAGACAUUUGCCAACGAUGAGAAGAAGUUCCAGCAGCACAUCCAGGUUCAGCAGAAGAAGGAGCUGAGCAGCUUUUUGGAGUCACAGAAGCGAGAAUAUAAACUACGCAAGGAGCAGCUAAAAGAGGAACUUAGCGAGAACCAGUCAACUCCCAAAAAGGAGAAGCAGGAGUGGCUGUCCAAACAGAAAGAAAACAUUCAGCACUUUCAGGCGGAAGAAGAGGCCAACCUGCUGAGGAGGCAGAGGCAGUACCUGGAGCUGGAGUGUCGGCGGUUCAAACGGAGGAUCCUCAUUGCCAGACACAACGUGGAGCAGGAUUUGGCAAGAGAGGAGCUGAACAAGCGACAAACACAGAAGGACCUGGAACAUGCGAUGCUGCUGAGGCACCAUGAGUCCAUGCAGGAGCUGGAGUUCAGGCAUCUGGCGACCAUCCAGAGGGCGCGCGCCGACCUGAUCCGGACCCAGCACCAGACGGAGCUCACCAACCAGCUGGAGUACAACAAGAGGAGGGAGAGGGAGCUGAGGCGCAAGCAUGUGAUGGAGGUCCGGCAGCAACCCAAGAGCCUCAAGUCCAAGGAGCUUCAGAUCAAGAAGCAGUUCCAGGAGACGUGUAAGACGCAGACCCGGCAGUACAAGGCCCUCAGGAACCACCUCCUGGAGACCACGCCCAAAUCUGAGCACAAGGCCGUCCUGAAGAGGCUGAAGGAGGAGCAGACCAGGAAGCUGGCCAUCCUGGCCGAGCAGUACGACCACUCCAUCAACGAGAUGCUCUCCACCCAGGCGCUGCGGCUGGACGAGGCCCAGGAGGGCGAGUGUCAGGUUCUGAGGAUGCAGCUGCAGCAGGAGCUGGAGCUUCUCAACGCCUACCAGAGCAAGAUCAAGAUGCAAACAGACGCGCAGCACGACAAGGAGAGGCGGGACCUGGAGCAGCGGGUGUCGCUGCGGAGGGCGCUGCUGGAGCAGAAAAUUGAAGAGGAAAUGCUUUCCCUCCAGAACGAGCGCUUGGAGCGAAUCCGCUCGCUGCUGGAGCGCCAGGCCCGGGAGAUCGAGGCCUUCGACUCGGAGUCGCUGCGACUGGGCUUCAGCAACAUGGUGCUCACCAACCUGGCCCCAGACUCCCAAGGAGGCUGGGGGGGCGGAGGCGGUGGAGGAGGUCAGGGAGGUCAGGGGGGAAGCCAGUGGCCCGGAGGCGGUGGAGGAGGCAGCCACCACAGUCACCACCAGGGGGGCUCCAGUUCGCAGCAGCCCUGGGGCCACCCCAUGCUUGCAGGUGGCCCGCCGCCCUGGAGCCUCCACCAUCCCGGAGGAGGGAGUCAGAGAAGUAGUCAGGGAGGCGCAGGAGGGGUGAGGAACAGCCCGCAGGCUAUGAGGAGGACGUCAUCGGGGGGGAGGAGUGAACAGGGCAUGAGCAGGAGCGCCAGCAUCACCUCUCAGAUCUCCAACGGUUCCCACCUGUCAUACACCUAAAAACACAAGAACCACAGUCACUGUAACUAAAACACACACACACACACACACACUCACAAAGUGCACAGCACAGAUAGGUCAUAUCCCACAAUGCACCUCACCAUGCAGACUGGUGAGACUGGCCGUCCUUGGAAACCCAUCAGAGCUGAAACCUAUUGGCUCCAUUCAGCCGCCACUGCAGCCAAUCGGCUCCAUUCAGCCACUGCAGCCAAUCGGCUCCAUUCAGCCACUGCAGCCAAUCGGCUCCAUUCAGCCUGCGUUGCCAUUCAGCCUGCGUUGCCAUUCAGCCGCCAUGUUCACCACAGAGUUUCACCAGAGAGGCCAGUUUUCAGCAGGUUCUGUUAUUUUUAAGGGACUAGUUGAUUGAGUCGGAUGUUUGCACAAUAAAUCGUCUCGUGAGGAAAAAGUUGCUGCUUUAACUGAAGUUACAUAAAUCCUUGUGAGAUCCCGUCAAAACACUCAAAAAGACUGAAGUUACUGAUGUGAUCUUGGGUAAAUGUUUGGAAGGCAGAAGAGUCGACAGAGCAGAGAAAAUUUAAAGGAGGGAAAAACUGAAAGUUGUGUGUUGGUGUCAACUGGGGAAUUUCCUAUGCAGAAAAGCCUGUGGAAGUUUGGAUUUACUUUAAGCAUUUCCAGAUUUAAAGAAGUAAAAAAGCUUUGAAGAAAUGUUUGAUUUUACAGAUUUUGUUCCUAGUUAUGUUAUCUGCAAGAUAAUUAAGAAUUUAAGUUCAUAAAAAACACAAGUUGAUUUUGAUUUAAUUUACAACUUGAAUUGUUAAUCAAUUAGAUUUUCAUGGACUUAUAAAAUCAAUCAAAAUUAAAGUUAUUUCCUUAAACUUCUCUUUUUCUAAAAGCAAUUAGAUUAAAAAACAACUCUAAAAAGAAAUAUAGGGGUUUAUAAAGGGCCAGAGAUUUAUAGGUUAAAAUAACACGCAUUAAAAAAUAAAAACAAAAUUUUAAAUGUGCUUUUUUUUGGGGGGCUAUUAAGUAUUUUUGGAACAAUAUUUUAUUCUGAAUCUAUGUUUUUUGUAAACUAGGUUUGGAUAAGACGACAUAUUUGCAGAAAAUGUUUAAAUGUCCAGAGUUUUGGAUUUUAAAUAAGAAAACCAAAGCAACAGCCGGAGUGAACGCUUCGAGGUCGGAGUUAUUUCUAGAGACUUUGGGCCGGUUUCUGGUGUUUCGUCUUUGCUGACCUUUGACCCGCUUAUACGGAUUUUAGUCAAUUUUCUUUGAGAACGACAUUUAAAAACUGCAUUUAAAGUAUUUAGUUUUUACCCAGAACUCCUUAUUUGUUUAUAUCCUCAUGUUGUAUUGUGAGAGAGCAGUUGUUCACUCAUUUGAAGUUACUAAUUGAAGUUGAUCUGUCGUACUACAGAGAUUGUAGUCAUCACCUGAACUCCUUCCUAUAUUUCGUCAACAUUUCAAAGCAGCAUGUUCCAGGACUUACUGAGGUUGUAAGGCCUAAAAAACAGGAAAAAGUCUCAUGUUUUCCUUUCACACUUCCUGUUACCUGUUGAAGUUGAGUCUGGGCCAGUUUGCCCCUUCCUCAGUUGGACCAGAAGGUUUGAACCCAAAGAGGUUGCAAAACUUAAAAAGUUGGGUAAAAAACAACCAAAAGGGCAAAAAUACAGAAUAAUGUCGUCACUAAUGAAUAUAAUAACUGGUCUCCGUUUUGCUUCUAAUGGCUUUGGUUUACUUCAAAACUCCAGAAAACACCUUUUCAGUGUAUUUUGUUCCACAUGGUGGUGUUAGCAUGAACGUGUAGCCUUUGGUUGUCCUGCAUUCAAUGCUUGGAAAAAGGUUGGAUUUCUGAAGUUUGACCAGUCAAGUUUAACCCGUCUCUCUAUGAAUCUCUAGUUAAGGACUUUGGGUCAGACUGCUAGCAUGCUAAUUGUAGGAGUAGUUCGGGCCACCACUGUCCGUGCCAGCACUGGAUUGUGUUUGUCGUUGAGUGCCAGAGAGGCUCGGCCAGUUUAAGCCACACAGCCAAGUAGUAGCAGCGACGAUUGGCUCAGCUCCUGGGUUUCCACCGACCUCUGCCCACCCAGUCUCGCUCUGGCGGACGCUGCAGUAAGCCCGCCAUCCGUCAUGACGGGGACGGCGUUUCAGUAGUGGGUAACUUGAAUAAAAGCCGGUGAUCGCGUUUCACCUGUCAGCAGUAACUCCACAAUGUCCUGAACGAUGCAGUAAAAGCCUGUCGGCCUGUUUGGCGGGGUGCAGUCACAGCGAGUCGCACUUUGGCCAAGGCCAACUCAAAAUGUUACGUCUGAUUUCACACAAACACAUAUACAGUCAAACCAGUAGGUAAACUCGGACGCAUGUACAGAGAAAGUGUAAAGCUUAUAAGAUGGAAAAACGGCACACAUUCAGUGACGAAGGAGAUGUAAAUGCUGAUUUAAAGUUUAAAAAAAAAGGCCUCAGAGAUAAAACUUGUCUGUCGGUUGGUGACUGCUGAAUGUUUUUGCGGAUCCAUGGGGGGUGAUGCUGGGAUCUCCGCUGCUGUGCCCCUGCAGAGCCCCUCCCCCGGUGUGACACCCCGCUCUGUCUCACCCUCCGAUCUGACCACCGAUCUCCCUGCGUCCUUCCACCUUCGCCUCCUUCCCUCCCACGUCUCUCGAGGGCCCCAAACCCGGGGGCCGCUCGCUGGUCUGCAGGGAAACAUCGUCCCUCAGAGGAAGAAACGACGGACCAGGACAUGUGCUGGUGUUCAUAUGAAUCUAUAAAAGAGAGAAUUUUAGAGAAGAUCCAAGUCUUAUUGUGAAGCUACAGAUGGAAUGUACAGUCAACAUGUGAAUAUUGUACAGCCUGGAAAUCUAGAGGACAAACCGAAGCGAGAUGAACCUGCAGUGAGGGCACAAUGCUGUGGCUUUAGAGUUGCUGUAGUUUGAAAAAAAUUAAAAGGGUUUACUGAGUUUUCACCUGUCCUGUUUGCAGCUGUUACACAUUUUUUUUCGGCUGUGAACGAAAACACGGCUUUAGGUCAAAUUGCCUUGUGGAAGCGGCAACAAUUUGUUCAAAAGUGUAUGAGGAGGAUUUUUGCACAUAAUUUCAAUAUUUUUCUCCUUUAGCUCGGACUGUACACUGACAGUGUUACACCAGGUUAGACUCUAAAACCAUUUAAAUGCCACAAAACUUAAUGCACUCUUCACCCUGAGGUAGUUUCCAAAGUCAUGCACAAGGCUCUGAGGUCCAUUUAGUUUUUGGAAACUUUAGGUCAUGUGGGAUCCUCUGACAUUACUCAGGCUUUAAUCUUUGAGACUCGCAUUUUACACUUCCAUCUAGAAAUAAGCAACAAAAAUUAGAUCCCCAUCCUGUCAAAACAUGCUAGUUUCUCAGUUUAGAAACUAAAUGAGUGCUUUUCUUUAUUCCCCUUCUCUUCAUCUCUUUUGUGUUUUAUUUUCCUUAAACUGCCUGCAGAGGGCCAAACAACCUGCAGAGGUUUAGUUGUAUUUACUAUAGUUUUUUUUUUUUUGCAAGGCAGUGGGGGCAGAGUCUAGCUUUAGACGUUGGUCACUCCGAACUGGAUCAGUUGCACUGAUUGCACAAGUAGCUGACCAGUUUUACGAGUCUACUGUGACACCUGACCCCCCUCCUCCUCCUCCCGAAGCGGGGGGGCAGCUGCUGCUGGCGGAGAGUCGGUGGACGGCCGGGUCACUUCUCUGUACAGUCUGUUUAUCAGUAUUCCUUUUAUUCUUCCUGUCAUAUUUGGUGAAUCUUGCUGUUUUAUUCUCCCUUGUCCACAGAUCUGUAUUAAACUGUAUUAAAGUGUAUAGUUUGUGCAAAAAAAAAUUACAAAUAAAAAAAGCUGAAUGUUGCAUAGCAGAAGAGAAUAGAUAUUCAUUCAGAUGAAAAAUAAGUGAUUUAAAAUGUAUAAAAGUAAUUCAGAUGCAAAGUUUAGGGGAUAAAUGUAAUAUUUUGUUUGUAAUUACUAUUUUUUGUUGGAAGAGGGCUACUGGAUAAAGAAUCAUCUGUAAUAAAGUAAUUUUAAUAUUU